CCAGAUUUUGCGCGCCACAAAGUCGACAAACCUGCUGAUUCGCAGAUUUUUGUUCUUAACUUUUAGAAAUUAUGAACGCUCACAGCAUUAUUUAAUGACGGAAUUGUGCUACUAGUUCAACUAAGAGUUUAUUUUGAUGUAGGUUUAGCAAGCAGAAGGAAAAUAUCAUGGCAAGCAAAAAGCGCCCGGUGCAAUUUUUGGACGAAGUGAGCUCAGACGAUGAUGAUUAUUACGAGAGCCAGAGGAAAAAGGCUUUGCGGGACAGCUCAUCUCCUCCGCAGACUCCUACAACAAUCCAAUGUCAAAAUAGAAUUGGUGAAAAUAAUAAUGAGGAUGAAACCAAAGAACCAGCAGCUGCCUUGUCAAAUGACAGUAACAUUACUUCCGUCACCGAAUUACCUGCCAAUGAAAAUGAUCAGGAGCAGGAUGGUUCUGCAGAGGAGCCUGUGGUCACCGAACCAGAGGAUGAGGCCUCAGCAGAUGAAGAUGAGGAGAAAGAUGACAGCGGACCACCAAGAAGGGCGGCUUGCACUUACGGAGCCUCGUGCUACAGACAAAAUCCCCAACACAAGGCGGACUUCAGCCACCCUGGAGACCCUGACUACACUACAGUGGCUGGCCCUUCUCAGGUUGGCAGUGCUAAACCGCGAUGCCAGUACGGUACAUCAUGUUAUAGGAAAAAUCCACAGCAUAAACAAGACUUUGAUCAUUCGAUGCCUCCAAAGCAAGAUUCGCCUAAAAAGAAGAGGCUUAGAAAUCAAAAGAAAAAUGAUCAAAAGAAUGAUGAUGAUGAUUACGAAAGUGACUUCAUUGACGACGAAGAAGAGGAGGAGGAAGAAUGUGAAGAGUCUGAUGAAGAGUGGGAGCCUGACGUAGAUGAUGACGAAUGAAUAUGGAGAAUAUGUAAGGUCAGAAAUUAUUUUCAAGGCUUAAGUGAACCAAAGUGAACGUAAAUGAAGUUAUAACGGUUGUUUUAAAUUUGUAAAA